AUGGUGUCCAUCACCAAGCUUCUGCCGCGAUUCGUGGUGAGCAGUUUUGGUCUCGCCCUCAACCUCACUUCAAGACUCGUUCAGGACACUGGCAAAGCUGGCGGAGUUUGCACCGGAAUCGAAUCCCUCAUCGGCGAUAAGGGUUACCCCCUCGAGACCCACGAGCUAGCCACAGAAGAUGGCUACCUUCUGCAGAUGCACCGAAUACCCCACGGAAGGAUGGGCUCCUGCGCUCACGUGAGCGCCUCCAAGGACCGCUGGUGCGGAGGACGCGGUCCCGUGUUCGUCAUGACGGGUCUUCUCGCUGAUUCGGCGUCCCUGGUGCUUGAUUUCCCUGACCAAUCGCUCGGAUUCGUUCUCGCCGACAAUGGCUACGACGUCUGGCUCGGCAACACACGGGGAAACACGUUCGGCAGAAGGCAUCAGACAUUGGACGUAGGAUCGAGACGGUUCUGGAACUUCACGUUCCACGAGCACGCGCUCUACGAUAUUCCCGCUCAGAUCGACUACGUGCUCAGAAACACGGGACAAAGGCGGCUCCUGUACAUCGGUCUCUCCCAAGGCACACUCAGCUUUUUCACCAUGAUGUCCGAGAGGCCCGAGUACAACGACAAGGUGAAGGCGUUCGCCGGACUCGCACCCUUCAACAAGCUGGCUCACAUCGAGGUGCCACCGCUCGCAGUAUUUGGUCCGUACGCGGAAUCGCCGCUGCGCCUCGCUCAGGCGAUGGGUGGCUACGAGAUGCUCCCGAAGGACUUCCAGCUCAUGGGCCUCGUGAGACUUCUGUGUGGCGGGGUGGCGAAGCGUGUCUGCACUUUUCUCGGCGACAGACUCAACAACGUCGGAAGCAGAUACAUCAACCUGACGCGGACGACAACCUACCUAUGUCACAUUCCGGCAGGGACGUCAACGAAAAACAUCAUACACUUUGGGCAACUUGUCGGAUCUAAACGGCCUCAGAAGUUUGACUAUGGGGCAUCGAAGAACCAGCAACUGUAUGGACAGCGGAAGCCGCCCUUGUACAACUUGUCGCGCGUGACGACGGACGUGGGAAUCUUCUGGAGCAAGGGCGACCAGUUCGUGACACCGCGAGAAGUAGACGAGCUGCGAGCCGAUCUCGGCGCUAGGGUCAAGAGGGAGGAGUACAUCGACGACCCUUUCUACACUCACCUGCACUUCUUCAUCGGCCUGGCGAGCAGGAAGUCCCUCUUCAGGAACUUGCUGGGCUUCCUGGGCGGAUAUCCGGCCGAAAAAGACGAGCCGCUGGAUGAAGACGUGGCAGCCACAACGAACGCUGUCGACACGACCCUGGCUUCUAAAAUUUGGACGAGAUAAUAAAUGAAACAGUUCUUUUCUUUCUUU